UACUGUGAAUAUUUUCCCUCACGAAAUUACUCUGAUAUGCGUGAUAUUGGAGUUCGGUGUUCUAGUCAUCAAGAUACCAUGACAUUACAGAUACGACUAGAAGAUGGUGUCACGCCCCAUUCUGGUCGAGUUGGUAUUCGCUAUGGUAAUUCAUGGAGUACUCUAUGUUACGAGGGACUGGACUACCCUGAUGUGAAAGUGAUAUGUCGAAUGCUUGGAUAUGUGAACGUUGUUGAUGUUUACGCUCUGAGGACACCAAGCUCUGCUAAUGGUCGUGUCUGGCUUAGUGGUGUUGAGUGUAAYGGAACAGAAGCUUCAAUACUGAAUUGCAAUCGCACAGGAUGGUGGCAGACCACGUGUGACUUUGACGCUGUGAUCACAUGCAAUACUCUAGGUAAAACAACUGUUGAUAUCCGUCUGGAAAACGGUACUGCACCUCAUUCUGGUCGAGUUGGUAUUCGCUAUGGUAACACAUGGGGCACUCUAUGCAACAAAGGACUGGAUAUGAACGAUUCUAAAGUCAUCUGCCUCAUGCUUGGUUAUGUUGAAGUAAGUCACAUGUUCACGAUUCCUGGAAAUGGUACUAUUUGGCUUAGUGACCUUGAAUGCAACGGAGCAGAAGAUUCAAUUGUUGACUGUAGUCAUUCAGGUUGGUGGAAGACAAUCAAUUGCACCCAUGACCAGGACGCUGCCGUCACGUGCAACUUAGCUGAUGCCCCUCAUUUUCAAAUCGACACAACCAACGGCAUUACGGGUUCUUCAGCAAUUAUUAACCUUGCCAAAGCAACCGAGACAUUCGAUGCACGACUAAAAAGCUCGUAUCAAUUUUUAGUGAAAAAGGGUGGAGAAAUACUAUCCUCUAUCACGUCAGACAGCAAUAAAACCGGAAAGACAUGUUCUGUCAUCACCAAGACAGUCUUCAAAGAUUCUUACAUCACUGCAGAGGUUCCAGCCAGUACUACUAGUUUCACUAUUGGCGAUGGCCUCUAUUACCAUGGAUACCAUAAUGUACCAUUAGAACCCGGACGUGUGUACAGGGUACACGUGAGGAUCGUUACCAUGGCAAUGGAUGGGAAAAAGAUUUUUGGAAAAUCCAGUUUUGCGAGGUUUGCAACAAGACCAAAAAGACAUUCUGAUACGAAUUCAGACGGCAAUGAUUCAUUGGUGAUUGGUUUAUCCGUCGUUUUGGCGAUGUCAAUCUCUGCCAUGUCUGCAUUGGCUGGUUACAUUGUGUAUGAUUUUGUAAAGAAGAGAAAGAAGCAAAAGACAAAAGAUAUCAAUCCGCAGAUCGAGAUCUCAGAUUUGACGGCUGCACGUGUUAAUAAAGGAGAAACCUCUGGCCAGCAAUACCAGGAGUACCUGGCACAGCGAAGCAAAAAAAAUGCAGUCAGCUUGGCCGGUAAUGAUUCCCAUUAUCAGUCUCUUGUUCCACAGAAAAGAUCCAAGCAAAGUGGAGGCUUUGGUAUAGAAUCUUCUUACCAGGUCGUUGGUGGACCGGAUGAGAUCCAGGGGAUGUCAGGAAAAGCGYCAUUGAGGUUGUUGCAAAAAGAAUCUUCUUCUCCAUUAUCAGUGCAAGGUAUUUUACAGAUUUAUCACAAUGAUCAAUGGGGAACAAUAUGUAAUGAAAAGUGGAAUGUCAAAAGCACAAAAAUCRCAUGUAAACAGCUUGGUUACAAGUACACAGCAACGUGGUACUUACUCUUAGGACAAGGAUCUGGUCCAGUUUGGCUUUCUAGAGUACAAUGUAAUGGCGGUGAGUCGUCACUAGAUCAGUGCAAACACCKAGGAUGGGGUGUUCAUARCUGCRRUCACAGCCAGGAUGUUGGUAUCAUGUGUAACUCUGCACCACCAUUGAGGUUAUUUGGUAAAACAUCCUCCCCGUCAUUAGUUCAUGGUAUUUUACAGAUAUAUCACAAUGGUCAAUGGGGAACAAUAUGUGGUUCCUGUUGUGGUGAAACUAACAUGAACUUUGCAUGCAAACAGCUUGGAUACGAGAGUGGAGUGAGGUACUUGAGCUUAGGACGAGGAUCUGGUCCAAUUUGGCUAUCUGGUGUAAACUGUAAUGGUGAUGAAUUGUCAUUAGAUCAGUGCCCACACCGAGGAUGGGGCGUUCAUAACUGUGACGACGACGAUUACUUUCUUGCUAUCACGUGCUAUACAGGUCCUCCAGUCAAAGUUCGGCUGAUUGGUGAUGUGCCUAAUGCUGGUCGAAUACAAUUGUUGUACAAGGGUGUCUGGAAAAACCACUGCGGUACGAAUUGRUUUUCAUCUGGUGCCAAAGUCAUUUGCCAAAUGGCUGGUUAUCCUGAUGGUUAUGCUGUAUUCAGUAGUGACUAUGAGGGUUCUGGCGAUGUGUGGCUCUCCUACCAGUAUAGCUGUAGUGGCUUUGAACAGUCUAUUGAAUCAUGCUCGAGCCUUGUGUGGGGAAAGCGGAGAUGUGCCGAUAACUACUUAGCUGGUGUUGUUUGUAAAUCAGGAUCACCGAAUGUUGCAUAUCGACUUGUUGAUGGACCAGUUCCUCAUGCAGGAAGACUGGAAAUGCGCUACUAUGGUKYAUGGAUUCCAAUAUAUUUAUCACGUGGUCUGCGAUCAAAUGRUGUUAAUGUUAUWUGUCGUAUGAUGGGGUACAGUCAAGCUAUUAUUGCCUUCAUAAACUUUCAAGAUCGGAGAUGCUAUGAAGUAGACAUGCGCUGUCGGGGUUUUGAGAAUUCAACGGAACAGUGUAACARCUCCGUCAGSCCAAAUUCAAAUUAUMASACUAACUGGAUWGUUUGUAAACUACAUGCAGGAUCUAGAWUUGCUGUUCGCUUGAUAGACGGCUUCUCUUUGAACGAAGGCCGAGUGGAAAUUGGCUCCUCAGGGAUCUGUGGCACGGUUAGUGAAAUUAAUCGAUAUUGGAGAUACUGGAGACACGAGAGACGCUGGAGACGGUGGAACAUGACAACUGCUAAGAUAGUGUGUCGUAUGUUGGGAUACCGCAAUGCAUCAUGGACUGGACCAGCAAGAGUGUCAAGGAGUGGUUUAACGACAUUAUUUGGUUAUUGCACAGGCAACGAAACGUCACUCGAGUACUGUAAAUAUUAUACCGACCAAGAAGACUUCAUGUUAUUCGGUGGACGUGACCUUGGAGUUCGUUGUUCGAGUCAUCAAGAUCCCGUGAUAUUACAGAUACGCCUAGAAAAAAAAAUAUUACGCCGCAUUCUGGUCGAGUUGGUGUUCGCUAUGGUAAUUCAUGGAGUACUCUAUGCUACGAGGGACUGGACUACCCUGAUCUUUGGAUCUAGAUUUGCUGUUCGCUUGAUAGACGGCUUCUCUUUGAACGAAGGCCGAGUGGAAAUUGGCUCCGCAGGGAUCUGGGGCACGGUUGGUGAAAUUAAUCGAUAUUGGAGAUACUGGAGACACGAGAGACGCUGGAGACGGUGGAACAUGACAACUGCUAAGAUAGUGUGUCGUAUGUUGGGAUACCGCAAUGCAUCAUGGACUGGACCAGCAAGAGUGUCAAGGAGUGGUUUAACGACAUUAUUUGGUUAUUGCACAGGCAACGAAACGUCACUCGAGUACUGUAAAUAUUAUGCCGACCAAGAAGACUCCAUGUACUUCAUGUUCUUCGGUGGACCUUACCCUGGGGUUCGUUGUUCGAGUCAUCAAGAUCCCGUGACAUUACAGAUACGCCUAGAAAAAAAUAUCACGCCGCAUUCUGGUCGAGUUGGUGUUCGCUAUGGUAAUUCAUGGAGUACUCUAUGUUACGAGGGACUGGACUACCCUGAUGUGAAAGUGAUAUGUAGAAUGCUUGGAUAUGUGAACGUUGUUGAUGUUUACGCUGUGAGGACACCAAGCUCUGCUAAUGGUAGUGCCUGGCUUAGUGGUGUUGAGUGUAACGGAACUGAAGCUUCAAUACUGAAUUGCAAUCGCACAGGAUGGUGGCAGACGACUUGUGACUUUGACGCUGUGAUCACAUGCAAGACACAAGGUACGUUAGAAAAUUUAUCAAAAUCUGAUUUGUUUCAUCAAAUAUAAAGAACUUUCCUCAUUUUGUGAAGGGUCCGUCGUUAGCUAGGAUAAAUCGGCCCUUUAUCAAGAUCCUUACAUCGACAAGAUUCUCAUCUAGGAAUAAAAAUAGCUUAUUCGUAUAGCAACAGCGUGCAGUCAUCAAAUCCAUAGCCAAUCUUUCCAUCUUUUCUCUU